UCUCUGUCCUUACAGAUCCUCUUCUCGACACCCCUGGAAGCUGAGGAUGGAUAUGAAGCGUGUGAAGGACUAUAUCUACUGGCUGUACUUCCAGUACCUCCUGAUCACCUGCAGCUACGUGCUGGAGCCCUGGGAGAGGUCCAUGUUCCACACCAUCACCAUGACUGUCUUCGCUAUGGUGGUGUACACAGCUUACGUCUUCGUCCCCAUCCACCUCCGCCUGGCAUUUGAGUUCUUCUCCCAGAUCCUUGGAGGCCAGCCCGAGGGCACAGUUUCCAUGGUGAACUGAACCCACCUGAGCAGUGGUCAGCAGCUCUGGCAGCUUGGGAAACGCAACAGCUCCUCCAACUUCGUGUGUCUCUCUGGCAGCUGCUUGGCUGCUCUGACAACCCCACCUGCUCCUCCAGCACCAGGCUUGCUCCUCCAGCAUGGCUGAGCACUGACUGCUGCCUGCACAGACCCCGGGCAGUGAUGCACAGCCCAGCUUUAGCUGUGUGAUAUGGAACACAUCACCUGGAAUGCCACCUAAUUACCCAAUGUUCAACCAACUUCUGCUUUCAGCACCCUCACCUGACUCCACUGGCACAUGUGAAACAGCAAAGGCUCUGUGUGAUGGCUCUGAGGAGAGGUCCUACACUCAGGAUACACAAAGGAGCUCUGCCAAGAGGGUGCUGUAGCAAAAGACAUCAUGGUUUUGACUCAGGUUAGAGGAAAUCAGGAGAGGAGUAAACCACAGCAUGCUUUGUGCGCUGGUAGCUGGCUGUUUAUUGAUGUCUGGUUCUUUGUAAGUAGGGAAGGAAAUUAGAAUCAUAGAAUCAACCAGGUUGGAAGAGACCUCCAAGAUCAUCCAGUCCAACCUAGCACCCAGCCCUAUUCAGUCAACUAGACCAUGGCACCAAGUGCCUCAACCAGUCUUUUCUUGAACACCUCCAGGGCAUAUGAACUUGAAGCCAACUUUUUGCAUCCAAAUUGCUUCAUCUGAGCUUAGAUUAUAGAAUCACAGAAUGUUUUGGUUCAAGCCAUCCAAUCCACUCCCCCUCUAGUCAGCAGGGACAUCUAUAAGCAGAUCAAGUUGCUCACAGCCCCACCUAACCAGACCUGAAAUUGUUCCAGGGAAGAGGCUUCCACCAUCUCUGUGUUCAACCUGGGCCAAGGUCUCACCACCCUCAGUAUUAAAAGUUUCUCUGCCCUGGGCAGCCUGGGUCAGGGCUUGAUAACCCUUUGAGGGAAGAAGUUGUUCCUCAUGUCCAAAUUAAAUCUCCCCUGAGGCAACCUGAGGCUGUUGUCUCUCACCCUGUCACUUGUUCCUUGGGAGAAAAGACAAAGUCCAACCUGUGUCCAACCUCCUUUAAGGGAGGUGUAGAGAGCCAGAAGGUUUCCUCUCAGCCUGCUUUCCUCCAGGCUGAACAACCUCAGCUCCCUCACUGACAACCACCACCCCCAGCAUAAAACUUCUUGUCCUUCACUCCAGUCUGGAUCUCCCUCCUUUAGAUUAAACACAUCACCUCUGUCCUGUCCCAACAGGCCCUGCUAAAAAGAUUGUCCCCAUCAAAACUGGCUCACCUAAGAGAAAAACCCAUGCUAGAAGCAGCCUUGCAGUUAACUGAAGCUUUCAGGAACAGGCCUGGUUCUGUUUCAGUGCACUCCUGACAAAAACCAAGACCUCUUCUGUCUGCUCCUAUUCACCAAAGCAAGCACCAGGGACUGAAGAUGCAGAAUGGGGAGUGUGGAAGCAACAUCUGCCUGAGUGCAGGGAGAGAGCUACUUUAUAACCAAGAAGUUGAAGUAAUUGCCUGUGACAGCUUCUUGAACAAGGCUUUAAUUGUCACUCCACAGCCAGAGAAACUGUCAAGGCUAAAGCACCAACCACCACCAAGCUGAGAGAGGUGCAAAAUGUAAAUAGCUUUUCAAUGCUAUUUGCACAGCUCUAGGAGUAAAAAUGCAUCUAAACUUCUUUGCCAAGCUGCAGUGGGGUCCUGCAUGCUUAGAAGGCAGUUGGUGUGGAAGCACAGGCAUGUUUUGAAGGCUGAAGAGAUCUGAACGUGCAUCUGCAGGGUGUUGCCAGAGGAAAUAAAGUUUUGUUUUUCAGAAACAA